UAUCACAUAGAAUGUUUCAAAAUGUAAUAAUAAUCAGAUAAUAAUCAAACUUUUCUGAAAACAAACUUCUUAAUGAUGGUCAAAAGCUGCAAUGAAUGGUGCUGUCCACACUAGUGCUAGCUGUGAGAAAGUACAAGACAUUACGGCAGGAGAAAAUGGCAACACAAGAGUUGGAAACAGUGGAGUUCUCAGAUAAAAUCUUGAGUUUUGCCAUCCCAGAGACAGAGUCCACCCAAACAGUUCCUCUCCGGCACCCACGUCGGCGAGAGCGCAAGCUCUGUCGGGAGGAGGUCACCACCAGUAUCCGCAUGUCUCUGCGUCAGUCUCACCUCAUUGGCCCAGAAGACACAGUCUUUCAACAGUUUAUCAUGGACCGGCUGGCUGAGGCAGAUGAAGACCCAUACCUUCCACCCUUUGACUGUCUGCACACAUAUGCCUUUGAAGGGACAGGGUCUGUAACGGGCUCACUCAGCUCACUGGAGUCUACCAUAUUUGACCCUUGCAUGAGUCAAACUCAUGAUGCGGGGCCGCAUCUCCUGCCACUGUCACCCUGGCUGGGAGCAGCAGCUGACGAGACCUCAUUCUGACCUGAGAAUAACAAAAGGAUUCUAACGUUUUUUUUUAACAUACCUACCAAUACUGGAGUGACUGAACUGAAGUUUUUUAGGGGUCAAAACAAAGUAGGUUCUUGAACCUUAUUCUUCUUCUUCUGCUACUACUACUACUACUUCUAAAACAUUUUGGGAAUCAGAGAAUGUAUAUUGCAGAGCCCCUAAACUUCGUAUGAUGGCCCUGUAUAGCACCAACAUUCAGGUUUACAUACACAUGUCCAUCUUUGGGUAAAGGUAUAAUAGUAAUCAAAUUUAAAUUUUCGUUAAUAAUUCUGAAACUGUGUAUAAUGAUAAUGAUGUUUUGCCUCUGAUUCCUUGAGGUCUCCUGAACCUGUUGGUGAUAUACUGUUCCAUUCUGUUUACAAUUUUUUGAACAUUUUAAAUGUUCUCUCUCUUUUCCACCUAGUUCAUACAUAAUUGCUGUGUGUAAUCUGCAAACCCUCUUGACGAUACAUUAUUAAAAUAAUUUAGAUUAUUGUUUAGAAAAUUAAGAAUAUAUUUUGGGUGUGGCUAAUGAGGAG